AUGGAUCUGGGCACCGGCAUCCUGGACGCCAGCACGGCGGCGCAGAGCGGGGUGUCGCUGGCCCGCGCUCACUUCGAGAAGCAGCCGCCGGCCAACCUGCGCAAGUCCAACUUCUUCCACUUCGUGCUGGCCAUGUACGACCGCCAGGGCCAGCCCGUGGAGGUGGAGCGCACCUGCUUCAUCGACUUCGUGGAGAAGGAGCGGGAGCAGAACGGGGAGAAAACCAACAACGGGAUCCACUACCGGCUGCAGCUGCUCUACAGCAACGGGCUGCGCACCGAGCAGGAUUUGUACGUCCGCCUCAUCGACUCCAUGUCCAAGCAGGCCAUCAUUUACGAGGGGCAGGACAAGAACCCCGAGAUGUGCCGGGUGCUGCUGACCCACGAGAUCAUGUGCAGCCGCUGCUGUGACAAGAAGAGCUGCGGGAACCGCAACGAGACCCCCUCGGACCCCGUCAUCAUCGACAGGUUUUUCCUCAAGUUUUUCCUCAAGUGCAACCAGAACUGCCUGAAAAACGCCGGGAACCCGCGGGACAUGCGGCGCUUCCAGGUGGUGGUGUCCACCACGGUGCACGUGGACGGCCACGUCCUGGCCGUGUCUGACAACAUGUUUGUCCACAACAACUCCAAGCACGGCCGGCGCGCCCGGCGCCUCGACCCCUCCGAAGCCCUGAACGAGCCCACCAUCGACUACGGCUUCCAGCGGCUGCAGAAGGUGAUCCCGCGGCACCCCGGGGACCCCGAGCGCCUGCCCAAGGAGGUGCUGCUGAAGCGCGCGGCCGACCUGGUGGAGGCGCUUUAUGGGGUCCCCCACAGCAACCAGGACGUGCUGCUGAAGCGGGCGGCCGACGUGGCCGAGGCGCUCUACAGUGUCCCCAGGGCCCCCGCGCAUGUCACUGUCCCCUCCUUCGGCGGGGGACAGCUCGGCCUCGCCAUGGGCGACUCCCCGCAGGGCUCCGAACAAGGGUUCUCGCGCAGCCCCGGGACGCCCCCGGCGCGGGGGUUCGGCCCCCCGGGCUCGGCCCCCCAGCAGGGCUUUGCCGGGGCCACCGGCGGCUUCGGCGGGGCCACCAUGGCCGGGCUGGGGGUCCCCGGGUCCCCUCCGAGCUUCCUGAACGGCUCCACCGCCACCUCCCCCUACGCCAUCCUGCCCGCCAGUCCCCCGCUGGGCGCCUCGUCCGUCACUGUCACCUCGGGCCCGGGCACGGCCACCUCUCCCGGUGGCUUCUCCUUCUCGCCGGUGACGAUGAUCUCGGCCGUGAAGCAGAAGAGCGCCUUCGCCCCCGUGCUGCGGCCACAGGGGUCCCCCCCGCCCGCCUGCGCCAGCGCCCUGCAAGAGCCGGCUUUCGAGGACUCGGACAAAUUCCACGCUCCGGCGCGGCCGCUCCAGGGAUUGGCCUAUUCCUAAGGACGGCUCCGGACCCCCAUCCCGCCGGGACAAGGACUGGGGACAUCCCUGUCCCCUGGGCCCUCCCCUCAGAGAUGGGUGGGGCCACCAGGAGCAGCGGGACCAGGGGACCCGGCCCCACGAUGUCCCCACCCCGGGUGGCCCCGGCCUGGCCCGGCUGAGGAAAUCCUGGAAGGAGCCAAAAUUCCCGGGUUUGGCCUCGGGAGGAGGUGGAGAGAGCCGGGAAUGGGGGCAGAGGAGGGAGCGGGGUGGAGGUGCCGGGAUGGGCGGGAGGGGUGGUCCAGGAUGGGAAGGAUGGAAGCUCUGGAAAGGGAUGGAUGCUCCAAGGUGGGAUGGAAGCUCUGGAAAAGGAUGGAUGCUCCAAGGUAGAAUGGAUGAUCCAGGUGGGAUGGAAGCUCCAGAAUAGGUUGCAUGAUCCAGGUGGCAUGGAUGAUCUGGGAUGAGAUAGAUGCUCCAGGUUGGGAUGGAUGUUCCAAGGUGGGAUGGAUGUUCCAAGGUUGGAUGGAAGCUCUGGAAAUGGAUGGAUGCUCCAAGGUGG